AACUUUAGUGGUAACAUACAACAUCAACGUUACAAAUCUGUUGAAAAUGAUAAUUGUGAAAUCAAGCAGAAUGAGGAGAGCUGUUCAGAUGAUUCAAAUGAUGGCAAUGAUGAUGACAUAGAAAUACAAGACAACACGUUUGUUGACAGAAAUGAUAGUGACAUGGAAAUUCAGGAGAACAAAUCUGUCAACGACAAUGAUGGUGACAUAGAAAUUCAGGACAACAAAUCUGUCAAUGACAAUGAUGGUACCUUAAAAUUCACAUCAAAUUUAUCAACGGCAAUGAUGGUGACAUAGAAAUUCUAAACAACAAAUCUGUCAAUGACAAUGAUGGUGACCUUAAAAUUCACAACAAAUUUAUCAACGACAAUUAUGGUGACAUAGAAAUUCAGAAUAACAAAUCUGUCAAUGACAAUGACGGUGACCUUAAAAUUCACAACAAAUUUAUCAACGGCAAUGAUGAUGACAUAAAAAUACAAGACAACACGUUUGUUGACAGAAAUGAUGGUGACAUGGAAAUUCAGAACAACAAAUCAGUCAAUGACUAUAAAGUUGACAUGGAAAUUUACAUCAACAAAUCUGCCGAUAGUUAUGAUAGUGACAUAGAAAUUCACGACAAAUAUGUCACCAGCAAUGACAGUGAAAUCAAGCAGAAUGAGGAGAGCUGUUCAGAUGAUUCAAAUGAUGGCAAUGAUGAUGACAUAGAAAUACAAGACAACACGUUUGUUGACAGAAAUGAUGGUGACAUGGAAAUUCAGGAGAACAAAUCUGUCAACGACAAUGAUGGUGACAUAGAAAUUCAGGACAACAAAUCUGUCAAUGACAAUGAUGGUGACCUUAAAAUUCACAACAAAUUUAUCAACGGCAAUGAUGGUGACAUAGAAAUUCUAAACAACAAAUCUGUCAAUGACAAUGAUGGUGACCUUAAAAUUCACAACAAAUUUAUCAACGACAAUGAUGGUGACAUAGAAAUUCAGAACAACAAAUCUGUCAAUGACAAUGAUGGUGACCUUAAAAUUCACAACAAUAUUACCAACGGCAAUGAUGAUGACAUAGAAAUACAAGACAACACGUUUGUUGACAGAAAUGAUGGUGACAUGGAAAUUCAGAACAACAAAUCAGUCAAUGACUAUAAAGUUGACAUGGAAAUUUACAUCAACAAAUCUGCCGAUAGUAAUGAUAUUGACAUAGAAAUUCACGACAAAUAUGUCACCAGCAAUGACAGUGAAAUCAAACAGAAUGAGGAGAGCUGUUCAGAUGAUUCAAAUGAUGGCAAUGAUGAUGACAUAGAAAUACAAGACAACACGUUUGUUGACGGUAAUGAUGGUGACAUGGAAAUUCAGAACAAGAAAUCUGUUGACAGUGAUAAUGGUGAGUCUGACUUCAGCUAUGAUGAUGCUAAAGAUGAAGAUUAUGUCUUGCCUUCAGACAUUGAUUCAGACGAAGAGUUUUGUCCAGCACCAGACAUGUCAAAGUAUCUGAAGAAACAUGUUGAAACCAAGAUUUUGUUUGAAAAUGUUAAUGAAUCAGCAGAUUGCCUUGGUUGCUGCUCUGUUCCAGACAUCCAGAAGAAAACUGCUGCGGCCAAGAAUAUGUACAAGAGAGUUACUGAAUCAGCAGAUUCACUUGAUAGUAAUUGUUAUGUUCAAGGCAUUGGAAAUGAUGCUACUGUUCCCCUGGAAAAUGUAAGCGAUUUAGAACUGAAAAGGUUAGAUGAGGACAAAAUUAUCAGAGAUGUGAAUUUAAGAAAAAUUUACAUGCGAAAGCACAUGAAAUUGUCCGGAAAGCAAAGUCAACAGAUGCGGAAAAAAACUACUGAAAGAAUAUAUAACAAUUACAACUGUUGUUUUUAUUGCUCUAGAUUUGUACAACACAUAAGCACACACAUGAAAACUCACAGAAACAUAGAUGCUGUGCGAAACAUAAUGAAAAUGACGAACCCAGAUUUCAGUACAAUAAGAAAGCUAGGAGAUGAUAAAAAUAAUCAAAAAGUAGUGGAGAUGAAAGAGGGUGAGUUUCUCAUUGCCCGUCGACCAACGAACAACUACUUGGAUGUUCAACAAUAUGGGCCUUGUCCCCAUUGUAGGGAAUGGCUCCAACUUAAUGGUUUAAAGAAGCACAUUCACCAGUGUUUGAAAGGAAGCUCUGAGGAUGAAAUAAAAGAGAGUGUAGGCAACUGUGUCUUGAAAUCCCAAAGUCAUGGCUGGAUUUAUAUCUUCAAAAACCAGCAAGGUCAUGAGAGAAGAGGUCUUGCCAGCAAUGAAGAGAGAUACUGUUCGACAUGCUGUUAUAAAUUACAAACUCAUACUAAUGCUUGGAGAAAAUUGGUUGAGACGAAAUGUUGA